AAAACUCCAUGUUCUCCUCCUCGUCGCAACCUUUUGGCAUCGUCUUCGGACUUCGGCUACCUAACCGCCGGCGACAGGUGACACUAAGCUAGGCCCCUUGUCCACCAAAGUCUUCUCUCGUCGAGAGCAGCUGCCCUCCUGCUCCUCGCCCGCCCUGCUGGUACUGGACUUGCACCGAGUGGAGAUCCACCCGGGCCUGGUUGGAUUCCUUCGUUUCGGUUCGGAACAUGCAGUUAACUCUGACCUGUUGCUGUUUUUGGUAAAGGUUGCUGGUCUGCCAGGUGGGUGGACUGUGCCAACUGCAGGCUGGCUUAUCAUCCUGUCUGCCUGUCAUAAGAAAAAGGAAAAAGAGACAACAAAGCAAUUUGUUGUCUCAUUCUUAGGAGCUGGCGAGAACCCGGCAUGGCAGAUGCUAGUUCGAGGACUGACACCUCGACUGUUGUAGACACUGAUGAUAUGAAUCAAAGGAGUGGAGCUAUUGUCAUGGCUUCUAAUUCAUCUGAUCGAUCUGACAAAUCUGACAAACCUAUGGACCAAAAGGUUUUACGGCGGCUUGCCCAAAAUCGUGAGGCAGCAAGGAAAAGUCGACUGAGAAAAAAGGCAUAUGUCCAACAGCUUGAAAGCAGUAAACUAAAACUUGCAAGCCUAGAGCAAGAGUUCCAGAAAGCUCGACAACAGGGAAUCUUCAUAUCCAGCUCUGGAGACCAAACCCAUGCUAUGAGUGGAAAUGGAGCUAUGACUUUUGAUUUAGAGUAUUCUCGAUGGCAAGAGGAACAAAAUAAGCAGAUAAACGAGCUGAGGACUGCCGUAAAUGCUCAUGCAAGUGAUAGUGACCUCCGUCUUAUUGUGGAUGGGAUAAUGGCACACUAUGAUGAGAUAUUCAGGCUGAAGGGUGUUGCUGCAAAGGCUGAUGUGUUCCAUAUACUUUCAGGCAUGUGGAAAACACCUGCUGAAAGGUGCUUCUUGUGGCUUGGUGGUUUUCGUUCGUCUGAGCUUCUAAAGCUCCUUGUGAAUCAACUUGAGCCACUAACUGAGCAGCAAUUGAUGGGGCUAUCCAAUCUCCAACAAUCCUCCCAGCAGGCUGAGGAUGCAUUGUCACAAGGAAUGGAAGCAUUGCAGCAAUCCUUAGCAGAAACGUUGGCUGGGUCCCUUGGUCCAUCAGGAUCUUCCGGAAAUGUGGCAAACUAUAUGGGUCAAAUGGCUAUGGCCAUGGGCAAACUUGGCACCCUCGAGAAUUUCCUUCGUCAGGCUGAUAAUCUACGACAGCAGACCUUGCAUCAAAUGCAACGCAUUCUGACGAUCCGACAAGCUGCUCGCACGCUCCUUGCGAUCCAUGACUACUUCUCACGUUUGCGUGCCCUGAGUUCUCUUUGGCUUGCUAGGCCACGGGAGUAACAUCGCUUGUGUUGGUGUGUGCUCCGUGAACUGAUCUGUGAAUGCUGGACUGCUGGCUGCAAACUCACAACACAUUUGCAGAUGACUGGAGUCUGGAGGUUCCCUCCUCUCUGUACAAGAUGUAUUAACAUCUUGAGUUCUCUAACAUCUUUUGGUCUCAGAUUGUGGUUCAGUGCUGUACAAGUUAGGGUAACGCUUGGAGUAACUUGUAAGUUAUCAUGAAUUUGUGAUUGGCUUAUUGUACAAUUGUAUUAGCAAUAAAAAUAGAAGUACAUACAUAAUAGGCUGGAAGAAUAUCCAGCGUCUAUUAAGGUUGGGAACGAGCAGCA